AAAGGAAUGAACUCGACUCUUCGUGCGUAAUGGCUCUGUGUCCGCCGCCAUUGGAGGUUGCCGCGCCACCGCUCACCGGGAUGAGGUAUGCUAGGCAUGAGCUCGAGGCGCUCAGGGUCGCGCCGUCGCCGGAGGCGCAGGCGCUGCGGUGGGCCGAGGUGUACGCCGCUCUCGCCGCCGCCGGCUUCUCCGGGGAGUACGACGGGCUCCUCGCCGGCGACGAGCCGGUGAAUAGGCGGGGGAGGAAGUCUUCUGGGGGCGGCAGGAAGAGGCACGAAACGGCGGUUCCACAGUUCACAGAGGUGGAAGAGAUGGGUGCGUGGAGGAAUGGGGAUUUGGGAGUCCAUCAAGCGACUGGAGAGCCGUUUGAUCAGUGUGAAGGUUUGGAGUAUGAAGAUGAUAGCGAUGAUGAUUAUGAUGGCAUUCUGAAGCCUGCAUUUGCCGUUGAUGGGGAUCCUGAUUUCGAGUCUGGCGAGCCGCUUGAUGGUUUCGAGUAUCUUCGGCGUGUCAGGUGGGAAGCCAACCAAAUUCCUAGAGUGAAGGUAGCCAAGAUAGAUUUAGGUGCAGCCAGAAAUGAGCAGACACCUUACAUGCCAGAAAUUCCUGACAUACCAAAUUGCUCACCUGAUUUGUGUGCAUCAAAGGAAUGGGAGGACACAUUUAUUGCGUAUUUUUCAGAGACAAAGCUGGCGUUCUCCGAGCUUGACAACUCUGAUGGGCCAUCUGUGUCUGGAGCGCUGAAGAACUUUUCUAAACUUGCCAGCAGCUCUGAGCCGCAAACUGAACCGACACUGACGGCACUUCGCAACAUGGAUGCAGUUUCAAGAGCUGCAACACUGCGGAACUACAUUGAUAUGAUCCAAAACCUGGAUACACUUUCCAGGAAUAACUGCCUGUGGUUAUUCGCAUUCUGCGUUGCUGUUGAGCCCCCCUUGGAUGCAGAGACAUGUGCCUCAUUGAGGUCGCUGCUGCGCAAGUGCACAACCAUCCUUGCCACCAAGUCGGAGAUGGACGAUGAAGUCGUCAUGUUGAACAUACUCAUCGUGAUCUCAGGAAGGUACUUUGGGCAGCAUGGGAAAUAGAUAUAACUAGGAUAUGUAAUUGCACCUGCAUCAGAGUUUCCGGUCAGAACCAACUAACAAAAAUUGUAAGCAAGCACUCCAUGGACCGUGGUGAAGCCGCAUGUCUCAUAGUGAACAUUUUUUUGUUAGUAUCGUCGAGGCACGACUUGCGUUUUGUGAAAACAGCUUGCAAUGGCUGAGAGUGCCAGAGUAUAUGUAAAACCUUUGGUUGUUUGUGCUGCGCCUCCAUUAUGGCUAAACCUUAGAUGUACAUUCAAACCCACUACUAAAUGUAUGUAUCCCUAGUCAUGAGUCUCA